AUGCCCAACCCCUUUGGCACCGACGAGACCCCAGCCAAGUUUUCUAGCUUCGACAUCUUCACCAAGAUUCGCACUUUGCAACAUAUGACACAGAUCAUCAUGAAGCAACCCGAGAAGCUAAGGGAGAGGAUGACGGAGCUCAAGGAAGCCGAUCACGAUCAUACAAGCUGGCGCAUCGAACCAUAUGGCUGGGACCGCCACGACCGAACGUACUUCGUCCUCGAUGAUAACCGCAUCUAUCGACUGACCGAUGCUCCGCCUCCACCACCUCCAGCACCGAAGCCCAAGAAGAACUCUAAGAAGGCCAGGGCUGCUGCUAGAGCAAGCAAGAGAAGACGUUUAUCUGCCGCAUUAGAGUCAGCAGCCGAGGAUGGCGGAGAUGAGGCAAGCGAGAACGGCUAUGAGCCCGUUGAAGAAAUCGACGACGGCCUUGGGGGCAUGAAGUGGGAGUGCAUUGCCGUCAACCUGGACCAGGUCCGUGACUUCCUUGCCACGAUACAGAAGACGAAGGACCCCAAUGAGAAGGUGCUGCGCGACCAGGUUCAGGAGCACCUCGUGCCUAUCCUAGAAGCGCAAGAGGAAAAAAGAAAACGGCGCGAAAAGGAGCGGGAAAAGGAGCUCCUCAACUUGGCCAAGAUGGCAAACGCAAAACGGUCAAGUCGUAUUGCGAAUAAGGUCGAACACCAGCGGCAAGAAGAGAUCGCCCAGGAAGAAGAGCGAAAGCGAAGCGAGGAGGUGGCUGCGGCUCGAAAGGCUGAGCAACAGCGGCGCAAGUUAGAGAGGGAGAGAGAAUCACGGAUGAUGUCGCGGGAAAAUCGCCUUAAGGAUCGCGAAGCAAGGCGACUACAACAUGAAGAGGAGCUUGCUCAGCUAUCCGAAGACAGCAAAAACAUGAGCUCGGGGACAGGACGCGUCUCCGAAAGGAAACUCCAGGCAGACAUCGAGAGGAGCAAGCAGGCACUGAAGGAGCUCGAGGAGGAAGAAGAUGAUUGGGUAUUCGAUUGCAUCUGUGGUCUUCACGGUCAAGUCGAUGAUGGCCAACAUAGUGUGGCUUGUGAGCGAUGCAAUGUGUGGCAGCACAGCAAGUGUCUCGGCAUCAGCGAGUCGGACGCUGAGCGGGACGACUUCCACUUCAUCUGUGAGUCGUGCCACCGGCGCCAGGAGGAGAAGGAGCGCUUGGGUGCUCGAAAACCAGUGAUCAAGAUCAAGGUCAAUCGUCCUGGCAGUUCUUCCUCGGCUUCAGCUCCACAACAGCCUACGUCAACUACCGGUACUCCCAACGGGCCUACCUCGUCUACCCGUAUGGUCGUUGAGAUUGAUUCGAAACCUCCUGCCACGAACGCAACGGAAACACCGAAGCCCCAUGCUCAUUCAAGUCCCAUAUCGGUCGUGACCAACGGCUUGAAGGAUGCGCCCUCCGUUCUCGCUCCUCCUCGCCCUGAGUUCAAUCCAAGCAUACCCAUCAAGACCGAUGGGGCAGCUUCCCAAGAGUCUCUACCUAGUGGCGGCGAACUACGACGGGCGAGUCUGAACGGACAGAACCCGUUCUCAUCGCCGCAUCCGGGCCUUUCGCCGCCCAACCAGUCUCCCAACAAGUCGCGUGCCUAUGGCACCAUCUAUGAUCAGCCUAGUCCCGUGCCAAACAAGAUUCAAACAGCCCAGGGGCAAUCAGCUGGCACCAGUAACGGAGUCCCUCGCAAGAUCUCGACUACUCCGAUCUUGCCACCAACAUUUGCUCGGCCGCCAAGCAGCAAUUCGAAUUCAAAGCCGAUUCCGGCAGUCUCGCCCUCCAAGGCGCAAGCACACUCUGAGCCAAUGGCAAAGGCAGCGGUGCCAUCCUCUGCAUCUUCACCGCCGACCGUACCGGCCGUACCACCUACACCCACAACCACGCACCCUGGGCAGCAGUCACAGGCUACGCCGUCCUCAACCCUCGCAACGACUCCGCGGUUGACACCGAUUCAUGGCGGCGGAGCCCAGGGCGACCUGCAGUCCCCGACGCUCCCGCCGCAGUCGGGCGGCCUGUCACCCAUCAAGCACUCGCCUCCUGCGCGAAAGGACACAGCAAUGUCUGGCGUCUUCCCCAGCUCGAGCCCCACACCUCCCAUCCUGCCACCUAUUGCUGCGCUAUCACCCUCGCCACGGCAGCAGAAUCUCACGCCGCCGGUGAAGCACGACAGCUUUUCACAAGAGUCAUCUCUGGCGCAACAGGAUCAGCAGGCUCCCACCGUCGGAGGGCCGAACGGGGCAAACGAGGCGUCCGUCAAUGGGGGGUCUGCUUGA